CUGUGAUGAGCAUUUGUUGGUUUGGGCUUGGGAAGCAUAUGAGAACCGAGUGCUUCUUGAUAUUGCUGACGGGAACCUCGCUACCAAUUUUAAUGCGAAAGAGAUGGAGUGUUUGUUGGUUGUUGGUUUAUGGUGCGCAUAUCCUUCCCCCAUUAUGCGACCAUCAAUGAGGCAAGCAAUCCAGGUGCUUAAUUUUGAGGCAGACCUUCCAAAUCUACCAAGUAAGAGACCUAUUCCCAAUUAUGACAUCCCUGGUACUUCAGUCAUUGGAACAAGUGAACCUGGUACUUCAGUCACGGGAACAAGUGAAUCUGGUUCAAUUAGCAUCACUAUGCCACGCUAAUUCUCAUGUCAUACCUCAUACAAAUUCUUCUUCUUUUUUCAAUAAUAAACAAGUGUGUAUGUUCUUUAUAGAAAACAAGUGUCUUUAGUGUUUGAGAUUAAUGUAUUCUUGGCAUUUCAGUUUGUAUUUUCUAUUUUUACGGCAUUUUUAUGCCUCUAAGCUGUUCCCUUAAGCGAUUAAAAUUUCUGUUAAUUA